GAUCAAGUCUGAACUACAAGGCGAACACACCAUGUCGUACAUGUGAUGUGGUGAGAUAGAGGAGAUCAAUUUCACAAAAUUUGAAAGCCUGAUACGUCUCCAACACCAUGUUUUCACCUAACCAACAGAUGCCAGUACAUGCAAAGCUGUUAAAUGUGCAAGUCCCGUCAGCAAUCAACUAUGUUGGUCAGAACGACUCAUCUCAUGUUGCUACAGAUGGAGUGGCAAACAGUGCACUCUCUCAGGCAGAAUCACUUGUUUAUUCUUCGAAGAAACUUGAGAAUGAACUGCUAAUGCUAGGACAAAAUAUAAAACAUCAUGAAGAAAAUAUCAAAUAUCUGAAGACUCGUAUAAACAGCUUAGACGAUCAAAUUACAGAUAUGCAAGUUACUCUUGGAACUCCUCGUAUCUCAAGUGCACCUAUGACAGAAGAUGAGGAUUUCUCCCACAAGCGGGAUGAGCAGGCAACAGUUGAGCAUCUAAUGCAGCAUGAGAAAUCAGCUGCUGGCAUUGUUUGCCAAAUGAAGUAUCUUGGCACUCAGGCUGAUCCGACUUCUUCUAGUCACAAUGUCCUAGGUGUUGUUGCUACUCUUGGCAAAGUUAGCGAUGAUAAUCUUAGCAGGCUUCUAUCAGAGUACCUUGGCCUAGAUACUAUGUUAGCAUUAGUUUGCAUGACAAAUGAUGGUGUUGAAGCUCUGGAAACUAAUGACAAAGAAGGCUUUCCAAGUAAAAGCUUUGGACUUCAUGGGCUUGGUGCUUCAACCGGAAGGACCAUGGACGGUGUGAUCUGUCUUGAAAAUUUGAGACCAUAUGUUGGUGAGUUUAUGCCUGAUGACCCACAAAGGAGGCUUGCUCUUUUGAAACCAAAGUUACCAAAUGGUGAAUCUCCAGCAGGGUUUCUUGGGUUUGCUGUAAAUAUGAUUCAUUUUGAUAAUGCACAUUUGAAUACUCUCACAACUGAUGGACAUGGGAUUAGAGAGACUCUUUUCUAUACUCUCUUCUCGAAGUUGCAAGUUUACAGAACCAGAGCACACAUGCUACAGGCACUUCCUUUUAUAUCUGAUGGAGCCAUAUCGCUGGACGGUGCCAUUAUAAGGAGAAAUGGUGUAUUUGGUUUUGGAAAUCAGGAAGAGAUGGAUGUUAAAUUUGCAGUAAGAUCUUACCCACCAGAGAACUUGGUUGAAACUGAAAAGCAGAUGAAGAAGUUGAAGCAGAAAAAGGAAACAACAACGGAAGAUCUGCAGAGGGAAGAAGCAUUCUUAGCACAUGUCAAGUACAAUUUCGAAGUUAAGAAGCAAGAGUUUGUUAGGUUCAUGGCACAAAGCUCACCGUAUGCCAUGCAGUACCCAAUUCAAGCAACUCCAAGGAGAUCGACUCCUAGAUGAUGAUGACUCGAUGAAAGCAGGUAAUACAUGAAAAGAUGCUUUCUGAUCACUCAAAAUAGGCGAGUUUUUAGUUUGUUAUUGGGGAAGAUGCUGAUGCAUUCUUGUGGGUUCUUGAAAACAAUGAUGUGAUUAGUCUAUUGUUGCCCACCAGACAACUGUAACUGUUGGUGCAUUGUUUUCAUCUUUUCUGGGCUUCAGAAUCAAGAUGCUAAUCUUGAUCUGUAGGUAUUUUCCAAGUUUUGGUCAUGUUUGUACGGAAGAACGUGGACAUCCAACAAGGGCUUAAGAGUAAUUUCCAUGGACUUCCUCACAGUGUUCUUGUUA